CUUGUCCUUUCAUUGUAAUUGGUUGGACACUUGUAUGUAUUGAAAUUCCCCCGCGCGACCCGGGGCUCACGCACCUGACCAUCUCUGGGUCGGAGAAUGAGACCGUGUCCGUGGGCAGACGGACACACACAGGCGGACGCCGCUGCUCGUCACCUGGAUCAGAAAGCACCGAGGACUGCGAGAAAACAUGCCCCGGUCCUUUUUAGUAAAGAAGCAUCAAAGCGCCAAGAAACUGAGUUAUGGAAGACAGAAGACGGACAGACAGGAUCCCUCUUGCAGUGCUGAUAAGGGUGCAAUGUUACACAUUGACAUUCCCUUUCAUCAUCAUCCUUCGACCCCAGGUUCACAACUUCAGCAGAAAAUUCAGACUCUGUCCUUCUCCUCUUCGACUCCUUGGUCUCUCAGAGCAGGAUGCCUGAAUCUUCCAAGCAGCCCUCCUCUUUCCAUGUUAGCCCCAUCCCCAGAGCCUGAACCGGCGGAAUCAUACACCAAACUGAACCUGGAAAACCAUCAUGUCACAGGAAACGAGCCGAGGUCGGAGAGCCUCGUCCCCCGGCCCCUGCCUCUGUUCGCUCUCCUUCCUGGCGUUUGCCCCGGUAGCAGCAGUAGCAACCAGGAUAGCUUUGAGUGUGUCGACUGUCAGAAGGAGUACUUGAGCUUCUCUGGUCUGGCCAAACACAAACAGCUCCAGUGUGAAUGGAGUAGCAAGAAGUACUUCAGCUGUAAGUACUGUGAGAAGGAAUAUGUGAGUCUGGGGGCACUCAAGAUGCACAUUAGGACGCACACACUGCCCUGCGUGUGUAAGUUGUGUGGAAAGGCAUUCUCCAGGCCGUGGCUACUUCAGGGACAUAUAAGAACACAUACAGGAGAGAAGCCAUUCUCAUGCCUUCACUGUAGCCGAGCCUUCGCCGAUCGCUCCAACCUUCGAGCUCAUCUCCAAACACACUCUGAAGUCAAGAAAUACCAGUGUGGCAGCUGCUUCAAAACCUUCUCCCGGAUCUCACUGUUGGCUAAACACCAGGAGACCGGCUGCCCACUGUCCUGA